GUUGGAAUGAAAUUUUGAGUUGAACUUUAGAGAGAAAUAACAUUUGUAAACAAACUAUAAAGAUAGUGUUUAAAUUUAAUAAAUUAUUAAAAAUUAAAAUGUAAAUGAAGUGAAUUAUUAUAAUUUAUUGGAAUUCUAUUUAUAAGUGAUGGUCCAACAAGUGGUAUAUAAUGAAAUAACUAAUCCAAUAAGUAACAAUUCACCUGACGUAGCAUGAUUUUAUUGGUGAGAGCAAAAAACAAUUAAGAAGAAUUUAUUGUUGCGCGUAGUCAGAGAAAGGGAAGGCAGGUCCGAUUUGUCUUGAAAAGUAGUGGAAAAAACCUUAUCAGCUAAUUUGUAUAGUAAUUGAAUAGACCGUAGCAGCAAUAAAAUCUUGAGGUUCAUACAAAAUAUAUAUGCAAGCAAUCGUCACAAUAUUGUAGGUCACAUAAAGGUUUACAACUUUUAAUAUUAAUUAAUAAAUUUAAAUUGAAAUAAAUUAAAAAUGUGCGGUGCCGGAGAUGGAGUACAAAAAGGGACAAGAGCCUUAAUAUUGGUAGGGGGUUAUGGUACACGAUUGCGCCCAUUAACUUUAAGUACACCAAAGCCAUUAGUGGAGUUUGCGAAUAAGCCAAUUUUAUUGCAUCAGCUAGAAGCGCUUGUCAGCGCGGGUUGUAAACAAGUUAUAUUGGCAGUUUCUUAUCACGCUGAACAAAUGGAACAUGAACUGACAAAAGAAGCAGAAAAACUAGGUGUUGAAUUACUAUUUUCGCAUGAGACCGAACCACUGGGCACUGCUGGCCCACUAGCGUUAGCAAAGCAUUUACUUAAAGCUAGCAAUGAUCCAUUUUUUGUGCUUAACUCAGAUGUUAUAUGCGAUUUUCCAUUUAAACAACUUGAAAACUUUCAUCGACACCAUGGAAAAGAAGGUACAAUUGUUGUCACAAAAGUUGAAGAGCCUUCAAAGUAUGGUGUUGUACUGUACGAUGAUCAAGGUUGCAUAGAAAGUUUUAUAGAAAAACCGCAGGAAUUUGUAAGCAAUAAAAUUAAUGCUGGAAUCUACAUAUUUAAUCCUAGCAUAUUGGAUCGUAUUGAAAUUAAACCAACAUCUAUCGAGAAGGAAAUUUUUCCAGUAAUGGCUAAUGAAAAGCAGUUGUACGCUAUGGAUUUGACGGGAUUUUGGAUGGAUAUAGGACAACCGAAAGAUUUUUUGACCGGUAUGUGCUUGUACUUGACAUCAUUGCGUCAAAAACAAUCACCUCAACUGUAUACAGGCCCUGGAGUUGUUGGAAAUGUACUUGUUGAUCCUACUGCCAAAAUUGGUGAAGGUUGUCGAAUUGGUCCUAACGUAACAAUUGGUCCAAAUGCUGUUAUUGAAGACGGUGUUUGCAUUAAACGUUCGACUAUAUUAAAAGGUGCUAUAGUGAAAUCGCAUUCAUGGCUUGAUUCCUGUAUUGUGGGCUGGCGAUGCAUUGUCGGUCGUUGGGUACGCCUAGAAGGCAUAACUGUGUUGGGUGAGGAUGUUAUUGUUAAAGAUGAAAUAUACAUUAAUGGUGGACAAGUGUUGCCUCACAAAAGUAUCGCUGCCAGUGUUCCUGAGCCACAAAUCAUAAUGUAAAUUAGAUGAAAUUGUAACUAUAUAGAAAAUACUGAGGAAUAGUUUUGGUGAUAACAACAACAACAACAAUAAUAAUUUGUACUAUUUAUAUAUAUUUUUUACAACCAUAUAAUAUAAUUAUACUUUA